AUUCACUACCUAUUUUUCCGGCCAAUGCAGCGAUUUGCCGGCGAGUGUGUUAUCGCCAAAAGCGUCUCUCCUCUACGGCAUUUGUGACCGAGAUCUACUGGCAUUUCAGUGCACUCGGAGGCACGGACUCAACUGAAGGCGAAGCUGUUUAGUUGCGGGCCUUCCCCUUUUCUUGCCUGAAAUAUUUCGACUCUUUUCUGCGAGUAGAACGGGUUUUCUGGCCGUAGGGGUGCUCGUGGAGUCAAAUGGUGCUCCGAGGACAGGCAUUCGCGUGAUUUUCUCGAGUUUAGGUGUUCUGAAGAGUGGCGUUUCCUGGCCGCGGAGGAAAUCUCCAGCUUCCUGCAUUUGCUCAUUGUCCGUGGACUGGAGCGCAAGGAGAUAACCGAGUUACAUAGAGAUUUUCCGAUUCUGCGGAAAUCUGAAGGUUCAAACAGGGGAAUGGAAUGUUAAGAGUCGCUGUCCUUACAACACGAGCUGUCUCUGUUUCGAAUAGUUCCUUACAGUAACCCGGUACUGUGGAGUACCCUACCGCGCCCAAAAUCUCGUUGCGUGUUUCAGUCUUAUGUUCUCAUCUGAUGAUUGGAAGAUCUCCGAGCUUCUAGAGCCAAAACGUAUGAGCAAUCGCUCUUUGAGGUAGUUUAUUCCGUUUCUUGUUGCUCCAAUCAAGCUGAAACUCACAGAAUGACAGUAUUCGCUUUCUCUGCGAGCAAUAGAAACCUCACCUCUUUGUAAUCUUGGACACUAGGAGAAAAUAGUGGAGGAUUUUUCUUUUCCUGGUCGUUUUCAGUUCCCGCGAGUCCGACUCCAAGUUGAUGGAGACCUAGAUGGUCAUCGUUACCUUCUCGACGAUGGGAACAAUCUUGAACACUCUAGAGCUUUUCUUGCUAUUCUUCCUCCUCGGCGUCCUUGCUGUACACCCGGCGAUCUCGGCCGUCCCCUCGCUUAACGAUGACGUUCUUGGUCUCAUCGUCUUUAAGGCUGAUCUACACGACCCAAGCUCUGCCUUGACGACGUGGACAGAAGAUGAUGACUCGGCCUGCAAUUGGGCAGGAGUGACGUGCGAUCCCCGUACAGGCCGAGUUACUGAGCUCGUUCUCGACGGCCUCGCCCUGAACGGAAAGAUCGGCCGGGGUCUCUCUCGCCUUCAAUCCCUGCGCAGAUUGUCUCUUGCUAGGAACAACCUCACAGGAACUAUUAGCGCCCACCUUGCAAUUAUUGAAACCCUGAAGAUCAUAGACCUGAGUGAGAACCAACUGUCGGGGACAAUACCCUCCGAGUUCUUUGAACGAUGCGCAUCUCUUGAAGUCCUAUCACUUGGCCACAAUGCCCUACAAGGUCAAAUUCCGGCGAGUUUGAGUUCGUGCCUGACUCUAACUGUUCUCAAUUUCUCCUCCAAUUCUCUUUCUGGUGGGCUGCCCGAUCGCAUUUGGUCGCUAACUGCGCUCCGAACAUUGGAUUUGUCCGGAAAUUCUUUUGAAGGCACGGUCCCUCAGGGGAUUAAAGCUCUUAGUAACUUACAGACGUUGGACUUGAGCGGGAACGGGUUUUCCGGCAAUAUCCCGGACGAUAUCGGCGGCUGUUCGUCUAUGUGGACCUUGAAUUUUGGCGACAAUGUGUUCUCUGGUGUGUUACCAAGUUCGAUCCAGAAGAUUAAUCUGACUUCAUUCAGAGUGCACAAAAAUCGGUUGAAUGGUGAAAUCCCAAGAUGGAUUGGGGACCUCAAAGCAUUGGAUACAUUGGAUUUUUCAAGCAAUGGCUUCUCCGGCGAAAUACCGGACGUAAUCGGGCAAUUAUUAGCGCUCAAGACGUUGAAUCUUUCAGGUAACCUAUUAGUUGGCAGUAUACCAGAGAGUUUGAAGAACUGCGACAAACUUUCGGUCGUUGAUUUUAGCCGGAAUCGGUUCGUUGGAAAAGUGCCGGCGUGGAUUUUUAGCUCGGGUUCACAGGGCUCUCAUUCGGGCAAUACCGGGAGUGUUGAGAUCUUGGAUUUGUCAGGAAAUGGAUUCUCCGGCGAACUGCCAACGGAGGUCGGGUUUUCGCUGAAUCUGGGGCUUUUGAAUGUGUCGGGGAAUUCACUUGGACCAAGUAUUCCAGUGAGCAUUGGUGAACUGAUGGUCUUACAGAAGUUGGAUCUCAGCAAGAAUCAGUUUGGUGGCAAUAUUCCAUCUAGUCUGGGAAAAUGCUCGUCGUUAACUACAUUGAUUUUAUCACACAACAACCUCACUGGACCCAUGCCAAGUGACUUAGGCAACCUCUCCCAGCUCCAAAUACUAGACCUGUCUGACAACAACCUCACUGGCCAAGUUCCUCAACAGCUUGGAAAUCUUUCCCACCUGCAGUCUUUCAACAUCUCCCAAAACAAUUUUCAAGGAGACCUCCCAGACUCUGGCAUCUUCCCUAACCUUUCCCCGGUGGAUUUUUCGGGUAACCCUUUUCUCUGUGUUUCUCGCUUGAACAAGUCCUGCCCUCCUGUUCUUCCCAAGCCCAUUGUCCUCAACCCAAAUGCCACAACAGAUGCCCCAUCCUCAACUUCAGAGGCCAGGAAUGCCUUUUCUGCUAUCCGACACAAGAAGAUCAUCUUUAGUAUCUCUGCUCUUGUUGCAAUCUCUGCAGCAGCAGCAAUUAUUCUUGGUGUUAUUGCUGUCACCGUCCUCAACCUCCGUGCACGCACUGCAUCUCCUACUCUUACACAUGCUAAUCUCGACUCGCUUAGUGGCUCUCCAAGUACGGAUGGAACUGUUGGUGUUGCUGGUGCCUAUGGGAAGCUUGUCAUGUUUUCUGGUGAAGGUGAUUUUAGUGCUGGUACUCAUGCUCUGCUUAACAAAGACUGUGAGCUUGGCCGUGGAGGUUUUGGCACUGUUUACCACACUGUUCUUCGUGAUGGUUGCCCGGUUGCGAUCAAGAAACUGACAGUUUCCAGUCUGGUGAAGUCGCAGGAGGAUUUUGAAAGGGAAGUUAGAAAGCUUGGAAAAAUCCGUCACCCAAAUUUGGUUCAGCUCCUAGGCUACUAUUGGACCCCUCAGUUACAGCUCCUCAUCUAUGAAUACGUCUCUGGUGGUAGCCUUUAUAGCCUUCUUCAUGAAGAGCAAAAUGGCAAUUGUUUCACUUGGUCUGAAAGGUUCGACAUAAUCUUCGGCAUUGCCAAGGGCUUAGAGCAGCUUCACCAAUCUUGCAGGCCACCAGUCAUCCACUACAACCUUAAAUCCAGCAAUAUACUCAUUGAUGGCCGGACUCGCGAGGCAAAGGUGUCGGAUUUUGGGUUAGCGAAGUUGCUGCCCAUGUUGGAUCGCUAUGUGCUUAGCAGCAAGAUUCAAAGUGCUCUUGGAUACAUGGCACCUGAGUUCGCCUGCAAGUCGGUGAAGAUCAAUGAGAAGUGUGACGUGUAUGGCUUUGGAGUGCUAAUUUUGGAGGUGGUUACAGGAAAGAGGCCUGUGGAGUACAUGGAGGAUGAUGUCGUUGUGUUGAUUGAUGGGGUUAGGACAGCUCUAGAUGAAGGGAGAAUUUCAGAGUGGGUGGAUGCUAGAAUGGCUGGGAAAUACCCGGCAGAGGAAGUAGUGCCUGUGGUGAAGUUGGGCUUGAUAUGUACCUCACAGCUGCCAUCAAACAGGCCAGCCAUGGGGGAGGUGGUUCACAUACUCGAAUUGAUACGUGGUCCGGCAGAAAGCUGAGAAGGAUUAUAAUUAGUUAAAAGAAGAAUCUGGGUUUUCCGGGGAAGCGGAAUCCGAGAUCUGCAUUUCAGCCACGAAGUCAACUGUACCAAAAUUUUUUGGAUCAUAGAAUGGCUGGUCAAUGAAGGAUGACCUGCAAAUUGUGUUUGUUUGUAGCCAAGUUUGUGUUCGUUUUUUACUGGUUUUCUCACCAUUUUGUAUUUCUUUUUUCCUUCCGGAAUGUGUCUAUUCCGACUAUCGGAUUCCUUUUCACCGGAUGAAGGCCCUUUUAGUUCUA